GGGGGACCCCAGAGGGUGUGCGGUGUGGUGGGGGCUCCCGCCUGUGCGGACGCGGGCGACUGCGGCUUUAAGGACAAGGCAGGGGCUGGCUGGGAGUUGUUGGGGUUAGGGACCGGGGAGGGGUGGGAAGGUAGGGGUGUGGGGAGGAGCCCUGAUGUAAGAAUGUUAAUGAGAGGCUCCCCAGCCCAGCCCCCACCACUCCCCACCCCCACCCACCCCACCCGCUGGAAAUACAAACCCAGCCUCGGAGCUCCUUGUGUGGUAACACGCUCCGCGGCUGCCACGCUAUUUAAACGCGGGCUAUGGAUCCAGGAACCGGCGCGAAUCAAUGAGAUCAAAUGCGGGGGAGAUGCACCGUCAAUUACAAGCACUUGGACAAGUCUAACUUUUUUUUUCUUUUACAAAUACGCUUUCAAAAGCAAUCUUAGCAACGUCCAAAUAAGAAGCCACCUCUAAGCAAAAUAGUAUAUAUAAAGGGAGGGCGAAUAUAUAUAUAUAUAUAUACACAUAUAUAUUUUUAAGUGUGUGUGUGUAUAUAUAUAUAUAUAUAUAUAUAUAUAUAUCUAUUGUAGGCGUACAGGUUUACACGCGGUGAACUUUUUCUUUUCUUUCUCUCUUUUUUAAACGAGUGACACUGCAAAGAAGGACUCUUCCUCUGUCUUCUGGUGAAGGGGUAUUCUAUUUUCUUAGAGCGCCCAAGGGGGCGCAGAGACCUCGGAGAGAAGAGUGGGGAGGAAAGAGGAAGGGUGGGUGGGGGGCAGAGGGCGAGUCAGCAGCGAGGGCAGGCUCUUUCCUGCGGCACCAUGCCGUCCCUGCUGGUGCUCACUUUCUCCGCGUGCGUCUUGCUUGUCUGGGUGUUGUUGGUCGGCAGCACCAGUGGCGGUGGCGGCGGGGGCGCCAGCCUCGGCGGAGGGCGCCGGGAGAGAGAGGCCCUGCAGCCGCAGAAGAUCGAGGUGCUGGUGCUGUUGCCCCAGGACGACUCGUACCUGUUCUCCCUGGCCCGGGUGCGGCCGGCCAUCGAAUACGCGCUUCGCAGCGUGCAGGGCAACGGGACCGAGCGGCGGCUUCUGCCACCCGGAACUCGCUUCCAGGUGGCCUACGAAGACUCAGAUUGCGGCAACCGCGCACUUUUCAGCCUGGUGGACCGCGUGGCGGAGGCACGCGGCGCCAAGCCCGAUCUCAUCCUGGGGCCGGUGUGCGAGUACGCAGCAGCGCCGGUGGCCCGACUUGCGUCGCACUGGGACCUGCCGAUGUUGUCGGCAGGGGCACUGGCCGCGGGCUUCCAGCACAAGGACACCGAGUACUCGCACCUAACGCGUGUGGCACCCGCAUACGCUAAGAUGGGUGAGAUGAUGCUCGCCCUAUUCCGCCACCACCAGUGGAGCCGCGCCUCACUUGUCUAUAGCGAUGACAAGCUGGAGCGGAACUGCUACUUCACCCUCGAAGGGGUCCACGAGGUCUUCCAGGAGGAGGGCUUGCACACGUCCGCCUACAAUUUCGAUGAGACCAAAGACUUGGACCUGGACGACAUAGUGCGCUACAUCCAGGCCAGUGAGCGAGUGGUGAUCAUGUGUGCAAGCAGCGACACUAUCCGGGGCAUCAUGCUGGCAGUGCACAAGCACGGGAUGACCAGUGGAGACUACGCCUUCUUCAACAUCGAGCUCUUCAACAGCUCUUCCUACGGAGAUGGCUCGUGGAAGAGAGGAGACAAACAUGACUUUGAAGCAAAGCAAGCAUACUCAUCCCUCCAAACAAUCACUCUACUGAGGACAGUGAAGCCUGAAUUUGAGAAGUUUUCCAUGGAGGUGAAAAGUUCUGUUGAGAAACAAGGACUCAAUGAGGAAGAUUACGUUAACAUGUUUGUUGAAGGAUUCCACGACGCCAUCCUCCUCUAUGUUCUGGCUUUACAUGAAGUACUCAGAGCUGGUUACAGCAAGAAGGAUGGAGGGAAAAUUAUCCAGCAGACUUGGAACAGAACAUUUGAAGGUAUUGCUGGCCAGGUGUCCAUAGAUGCCAAUGGAGACCGGUACGGGGAUUUCUCCGUGAUUGCUAUGACAGACCCGGAAGCGGGCACCCAGGAGGUCAUUGGUGAUUACUUUGGAAAAGAAGGUCGUUUUGAAAUGCGGCCGAAUGUCAAAUAUCCUUGGGGACCUUUAAAACUGAGAAUAGAUGAGACCAGAAUUGUGGAGCAUACAAACAGCUCUCCUUGCAAAUCAUCAGGUGGCCUAGAAGAAUCGGCAGUGACAGGAAUUGUUGUGGGGGCCUUACUAGGAGCUGGCUUGUUAAUGGCCUUCUACUUUUUCAGGAAGAAAUACAGAAUAACCAUUGAGAGGCGAAGCCAGCAAGAAGAAAGUAACGCUGGAAAACAUCGAGAGUUACGGGAAGACUCCAUCAGAUCCCAUUUUUCAGUGGCUUAAAAGAAAGCCUUUUCUUUCGGCCCGAGAUUCUUUAAGGAGAUAGAUGGGAUGAAAGACAUCAAUGGAACAGAAGGGACACUCUUGAAGAACUCAUUCUUUUAAGCAGUUAGUCAUUUCGUUGUAAAAUUUCUUUAGAAGCUCAGGAACUAUUUUGAGUCACCAUAUGCCUCCCGGGCUUUCACCUCAUGACAAACAAGUAUGAGAAUACAACAUCGUUCUGUUAAAUGUUCCUACUGAUUCAAGGGCAUAUGAUUAGAUUUAUGUUUGGAAAUCUGAUGUCUCCAUAUUUUGAUGGUUUUGGGGGCAUUUCAUAUAAGGCUACAAAAAUGUGGUUUUCUGAAAUGAAAUGUUUUAUAGCUAGAAUAAAAUCAUUUUUACGAGUAGAAUAUUCUUGGAAAGAAUUUAACAUCCAAAAAGAGGAAAAUGUAAUGAAAAAUCUCAAUGUUGGAAAUACAGUGUCCCUUUUUCUAGUGCAAGUGGACAGAUUUGAAGUUAAGGACUGCUCUGUCCAAUGUAUAUAUUCAGGUCCUGACUUCAUAUCUCCAAAAAGGAUUUCUGGCCUGUCUCCUUUAAUGUCUCAUAAAAGCUAUUCUGGAAAGUUGUAACUAUUACUAAGAUAAGAGGAUUUAUAUAAGAAAAACAAAUCUAAAAUAUUUCACUUUUUAAUGUAAAAAAAAAUAGCCCUAUUUCACACUAACAUUUUAUUUUUAGGUAUUUUAAUCUUAUAUUUUGCUAUUAGAAAAUGUGUCUAUUUUUUCAUUUUGAAGAUUAAAUUCCACUUAUAUUUUAAAAGCAUGGGUAAAGUGUGCAACAAACCAGCAAUGAUGAAAGAGGCUUCUCUUUUUCUCCCUGUUUCCCUAUCCCCUUGGUCACAGCCAAAUGCCAAUUGCUGCUUUAAUUACAGAGAUCUAGGCAUGUAUUCAGAUCACACACUCUAUUGGAGGACAUUGAUUUACCUGCUUUAAGUGCAAAGUUAUUUUAGGGAUAGACCUCUUCUAGUUCUGGUCAAAUGAUGAGUUUCCAGGUAAAGGGUGGAGUUUAUUGGAAUUAACUAGGUUUUAAGGCAGCCCUUUUUCCCUUAAGAACAACUUUAUAGAGUACUAACAUUUGACAGUAAGCACAGAAAGGAUAACUCUAAAAAUGCAUAUAUGACAUUUUACUAAGAUUCAGUGAUAUUUUGGUUAAAAGAAGGAAUCUAAGUAGCUACUCUGCUCCUUUUUAGUGGACUCCACAAAGCUUUAGCGUCAUCUACUAAUAACCUGCGUAAUAGCAGGUGAAGUGUAGAUAGAAGAUAUUUGAACAAAGUGAAAUAAGUAUUUACUGAAUAUCUACCUGCACUCACUACUCUGCACGUAGGUGUAAACUCAGGUUGCCAUUUUUGCUGAUAAUUUAUGGAGAAAAUAGAGAAGAAGAGAGAGUUGGCAGAUUAACAUACCAUGUUGUAAUUAUGUCACUAGGGGCUUUCCUCAGUAACAGUUUGAACAUCUGAAAAAUAGUUUUUAAAAUGACCUUAGUGGCUAUAAAAGAUCACGUACAGGGAAGAAAAUAGGGGAGUUCAAGCAAGUCCUUGGUCGUGAUGGAGGUCGUAGUUCACACGGGUGGGGGUGGAGGCAGGCAGAGGGAAAGCUGUGUAUCUUGGAAGCUGGCCUGAGCUUGCUUCCCUGGAAGCGUCUGCCUCUGCCCUUCCUACUUCAACCAGCCAAUGGGUUAUUUCCGUGAAUAGGUUAUUUCUGUGUGAGGCAUAUUUCCCCUCUACAUUUAAAAAAUGAGAUUCAGGCAGCUGGAGAGCAUGACAACCGAAUGAGCUAUGAUCAGCCAAAAUGACUUUGUUGUAGUUCUCCAUGGUGGAUGCAAUGGAAAAAGUGCUGACUUCCAAAAAAGAUGGCGAAAGAAGGCAAGAAAGGCAAGCUCCAGAAAUUCCAACGUUGGAAGAGUGUUUGGGGAGUAAAAUCUAGGAAAGCAAAACAUUUAACAACUCAGGACUCCUCAAAGUGAAAACAGAAUGGAAGAUUUGCAUCCAUCUUUUUCUGUGUGUGAAUUGAGAACUUAGUUCUCUCUCAUUUUUAUUUAUCAAUGAUGUUUUCAAUAUAUUUUUGAGCUAUUCACUUCAUACUACCUUGUGUUUGUGAAAAAAAGUUUAAAAUUCAAGCCUAUGUGCUUAUUACAGGGGGAAGAUCAUUCUACCUGGUUGUCAUCUUUGGACAUAAACAUUUCUCACCUUUCUGGAAUUAAUAUAGGGGCCCGUUAACUGUAACAUUUUUAAAGCAAAUAUCUUUUAUUUCUACUUUAGGUGGAGGAAUAGUUCUAAAUUUAAUAUUAUAUCCCCUGAUAAAAUGGUGGCAUGAGAUUUUAGUUUUUUUAAAAUGGCGGACUAAGUCAUGAGAUGCCAUCCCAUUCCGUUAAAACCAUUCUGGGAGUUCUUGAGAUUGAUUGCUUAUUUAUUUACAUGUCUGUUUUCACUUCUUUCCUCCUUAAAGUCAUCAUGUGAAUUACCAAAACUCCGUUAAGUUUAAGUUGGAAAUGUUUGGAAAUUAAGUUGGAAAACUUUGCUGCAAUGUAGGUGUUCGGUGUAAGUGUGCCCUGGGUUAAGACCUCUGGAGAUUAUAAUCCGGGACUUGAUUUCCUUACAGCUAAGCAGCAUCUUUGACAACUAGUCAUUUGUACUCCACCUGAAGCCACAUAUCAUACAGUAAAAUAAAUAGGGCUUUAGUUCUUAAAUCACCCUAUAAAUUUUUACCCUGAAAUCUAGGGCACUCAGAUUUCAGAAGGGAAACUUCAUCACUAUUUUCUCAUCUGGCCAAACAAGCUGAUAGUUACAUAGGUCAAAAUGAGUAUAUACGCUUUGUAUAUACCCAUGGUGCUGGAAAUAAGUAUAGAUUUUAUGGUCAUCAUUUCACCUGCUUAGUUUUUUUUUCCCCCCGGAUUCAAAAAUAAAAGCUUUCUCCAAAUGAUUACUUCUAUCCAGAAAUAAUGUUCUGGAUAAAGUGCAUAUCUUCUCCCAGACUGACUACAGUUUCCAUGAGGAAGCCCUACAAAUUACAUUUCACAGAACUGUCAGCUUGUCCUUUCCUGAACCACAGCCAUAGUUCCAUAGGCUUUGAAAUAGGUUUUUUUUUUUUCUAUUUUAACAUUUCAGAAGCUAUAUUUAAUGGAGAGAAGAGAAAUGCAUGGAAAGAGAAUGUCUCCUUUUCUCCUCUUCCUUAAGAUUCAGAGUUUUGCUUUAGAAUGUCUUAUCAUUCUCCCUGUUCACAGGUUCUAGGGUUCUUAACUUAUUCAAGGUACCUGUGUCCCCUCUGUCCCCAGUACCACUUUCCUUCUGGUUGCUACUGAUUUUGAAAGUGUAAGAUGUGCUGUUGGCAGUGACAUCAAAGCUAUUGUCUAGAUCUCAUACAGUGACAAUGCAGAAAUUAGCUUCCCGUGGCAUCACCCCCUUCUUGUGAGUGAGUGAGUAUACAGGGCUACUUGUGGAAGUCUCUGUAGGAGGCCAAAUAAAAUAUUAUACCACCAGUAUUAAGGGAGUGUUUAUACAUGGAAAGAAAUGCAUACUUACAUUUCUUGGGACACAAAGAACCCAGAUUCUGAGUGGAUACAGUAUAAAACCAAACAGCAACCCAAAUUCGGGCUCUCGAUUGAUAUUUCACGGGUUCUGCUUAAUAAUGUCCCUGGUGGUUAGCACUUCAUGGAGAAGUUGAAAAUGGGAGGAAUUUCUUCUUCAGUGGAAAAAACUGGAGCUGUCUGAAAACAUGAAAUAAUGCUUUGGGGGCAGCAUGGAAGCAUAGAAAGCGAGAAGGUGCUGUUCAGAAGGAUCUGUUUCUUUUUCAGCUGAUGCUUAGAACUACAGAAUACCCAAUUAUUUAGCCCAUCUUCAACAGCCAGACUCAGCAAGAAGCUUGGGACACACCCAGCCAGAAGAGUCGGGAGUCGAUCCUGGGAAAGAAACAGAAGAGAGUGGCACGGAAAGCAGCCCCUGUGCUUACCACCCCUUUCUCCCUCACCCCCACCGCCACCAUGGCUCUCCCUUACCCCCAGCCCCUGCCAUGCACUGUGGCUCCAAAGAUGCCUCGGCGUCUGGCCCAUGCAGGUAGAAACUUGUGAGUAGGAACCCUGUACUUCCUCAGAGGGAAAGAGCACAAAACAGUGCUGCCUAUAGGAUCGUAGCUGGCUUUGGAUCAAAACCCUUAUGCUAACUUGAUGGCACACGCUCUGGGGCAGGACAAGCCUGUGAUGUGCCUAUAUUCCAACAAGCUUUGUUUUGGUUUUCAGCAUGUAGCUCUCAUGACUGUCUCUUGCAGGCAUACCCCACAGCUAGACUCUAGGGAUUAAAAUGACUUUCAAAAGGGGCUAGAUUGGAGUUUGUUCAAAUUUGUCAUUAACCACUAAUGUUAAUUCAUACCAAAGGUAAAGCAAUUCUAAACCAGCUGAUGCUGUUAAUGUUCAUGUUUUAAGCUACUUCAAACAUGGUGAAAGGGUUUCAAUGGGAGCUGAAUAUCAGAAGUAAAAAUCCAUAUGUUAUAACAGCUCUUUGAUGGAUCAGGAGUGGAAUGAUUCCUAGAGGACGGAUGUGAAUAAGCCAAAUUCAGAGUCAGCAAAAAUGCUUCUUCUUUGAGUCACACGUUUAAAGACCUAAAUUUUAUGCACAGGAAUAAAGGGCCCUUCCACAAAGGGUGUACAUUGUCACAUGGACUACCAAAUUGUUUUUUAUGUGCUAGGGGAACAAAGCUGUGAUAGCACACAGUAAUUGAGCAGAAAAUGUCGAGAAAGAGGAAAAUUUGGAUUUCAAAACAGGAUGGCCUAUUUAUUAUUUAAUGCCAACAUCUGAAAAAGUUCAAAGUGGUGCAUCUUACAAUGGGGGUGCCCAUUGUAAGUUCAAAGCAUCUUCCAAAGUGGUGCGUCUUGCAAGACAGCAAUGGGGGUGCCCUCAGCAACCUGAAGAUGCUGUGAGUUUGUAGAAUUUUUCUGCUGGGUCCUGGGAAUCUGAGCUUUGUUCCUCAUGCAAUGGUGAGUACUGAAACCAAGAGGACACAGAAUAGAUACCGUGAAGGAUUACUUCCGCAGCCCUUCUCUUCUGGGCCAUAUUACUCGUGGUUAUUUUAAAUAUAGGACUACCAAACAAUACAGAGCUACCAUGAGUAUGGUAGAAAAGUAAAAUAAAAGCUGCACAAGCUACCAUUUAUUAUUCUAAUGUAAGUAGAACUAUCUGCAUAUAAUGUGAUUUAAUUUAUUGUUUUGUGUAGAGAAUGAAAAUUAAUGACUGUGGAUAUAACCCCUGUUUUGUAUAAUAUAUUUUAUUUCUGAUGCAAACUGGUCAUUUAACAUAUCUACUCGGUUUGGUGUUUGGAUAUAAAUGUGUAUGUGUUCUUGUAAAUGUUUCUCUUAAGCAAGAAUGCCACAUGCUCACAGUAUAACAAUGUGUUCUCAUUAAAAAUACAUCCCACAGAAAA